UCGGCGCGGGCAGGUCCCCCUGCUGCCCAGUCCCAUUUGUUGCCGAGUCCGGCUCGGAGCGGCAGCGGCGUGCGGAGCUCCCGGGAGCGCGGCCGGGCAGCCGCACAGCCACGACGGAGCAGCCGCGGGACUGGCCGCCCCGCGCCCCCUUCGCCGCGGUGCCCUUCCCAGGCGCGCUCACCCCCUUCUCAGGAUGGGAUUGUAGCGGAGGCGCGGACUCGGCGGGGAUCGCGGCGGAGGAGGCGGCGGCGGCGGCCGAUCGGGGCUCCAUGUUUUCCCCUGGCCAGGAGGAGCACUGCGCCCCCAAUAAGGAGCCGGUGAAAUACGGGGAGCUGGUGGUACUGGGGUACAAUGGUGCUUUACCUAAUGGAGACCGAGGCCGGAGGAAAAGCAGAUUUGCUCUCUAUAAGCGGCCAAAGGCGAAUGGAGUCAAACCCAGCACGGUCCACGUGAUAUCCACGCCGCAGGCGUCCAAGGCUAUCAGCUGCAAAGGCCAACACAGUAUAUCGUACACUCUGUCAAGGAAUCAGACUGUGGUGGUGGAGUACACGCAUGAUAAAGAUACGGAUAUGUUUCAGGUGGGCAGAUCAACAGAAAGCCCUAUCGACUUCGUUGUUACAGACACAAUUUCUGGCAGUCAGAACAACGAUGAGGCCCAGAUUACACAAAGUACCAUAUCCCGGUUUGCCUGCAGGAUUGUCUGCGACAGGAAUGAACCUUACACCGCACGGAUAUUUGCAGCCGGAUUUGACUCUUCCAAAAACAUAUUUCUUGGAGAAAAGGCAGCGAAAUGGAAAAACCCCGACGGCCACAUGGAUGGGCUCACUACUAAUGGCGUUCUCGUGAUGCAUCCCCGAGGGGGCUUCACUGAGGAGUCCCAGCCUGGGGUCUGGCGUGAAAUCUCAGUCUGUGGAGACGUGUACACCCUGCGAGAAACCAGGUCAGCCCAGCAAAGAGGAAAGCUGGUGGAAAGCGAGACCAACGUCCUGCAGGACGGCUCCCUCAUCGACCUGUGCGGGGCCACGCUCCUCUGGAGGACGGCGGACGGCCUGUUCCACACCCCGACGCAGAAGCACAUCGAAGCCCUGCGCCAGGAGAUCAACGCCGCGCGGCCGCAGUGCCCCGUGGGGCUCAACACCUUGGCCUUCCCCAGCAUCAACAGGAAGGACGUGGUGGAGGAGAAGCAGCCCUGGGCCUACCUCAGCUGCGGCCACGUGCACGGCUACCACAACUGGGGCCACCGGAGCGACACGGAGGCCAACGAGCGCGAGUGCCCCAUGUGCAGGACUGUGGGCCCCUACGUGCCGCUCUGGCUCGGCUGCGAGGCGGGCUUCUACGUGGACGCCGGGCCCCCCACGCACGCUUUCACCCCCUGCGGACACGUGUGCUCCGAGAAGUCCGCCAAAUACUGGUCCCAGAUUCCCCUGCCUCACGGGACUCACGCGUUCCACGCCGCCUGCCCUUUCUGCGCCACGCAGCUGGUCGGGGAGCAGAACUGCAUCAAAUUGAUUUUCCAGGGACCCGUGGACUGAUGCCCCGGACAGCCGUGUGCGACUUUAUUAACAAGUUACUGUGAAGAUUUUGCCACUAACUCUAGAUUUUACCUUUUUAUAAUGCUGUUUAUUAAGGGGAGGGGGGACCUGAGGCUGGG